GGCAACUGAUUUUCCGCCGGACCAGCGUCGAGGAGAGGAGCAGGCAGAUUUCAAUUCCAGUCCCCCCUGCCUUCUCUUCUCCGUUCACGGCUCACCCCGCGUGCGCGCGUGCUCUCCCUCUCGCCCGGCGAUGUCUGGGCGCCCGCCGCCGCCGCCGCCAUACGCCAUAUCUCCGGCCCGUCGCCAGGCCUUAGCGGGCGUCGAGCACCCAACACCAGCUCUGCUGGGUCCUCCGCCCCUGGUCGAUGUGAGCGUAGGCCGAGGAGUGUGCCUGAUGAGCACCUCCUGGAGAGACAAGCAGCGCCCGGACCUCGUCAAUUUCAUCGCCACAUUCCUCGCUACCAACCUGUACCGCCUCAAUUUCCUGUCGCUUUCUCCGGACUUCCUCUUCAACAAUGGGGGCUUGUCGGUUGCUUUCAUCUUCGAGACGGACUGGCUUCCUGAAAGGGAAGCUGCUGUCUUCAGCAGGGUGAAUACACUGAAGAGGCAGUUCAAGUAUCUCUACGUCGUUGUCGUCGUUCGCUCAGCAGAGCAGAAUGAAUCAUUCAAUCAGUCAUAUUUCAAGUAUGGCAUGGAGCUUGGCUGCCCUACGUUCGUGCCUGUUUGUGAUCCAGAGAUGGGAUUCGAGAAGAUUGUAAGGAUAGCUCAUGCUCGUGGAGUGUCCAAGCAGAAAAACAUCGUCGAAGCUAUGAGAAUUGAGCGUGAGCAAGCUGUUCAGUGCAUGGAUGCGUUUUUACGAGUGCUCACCUCUAUUCCUGGUAUUGACAGUCAUGAUGCAAAUGCGCUUGCCCAAGCCAUUGGCUCUAUCGAAGCAAUUGCAAAAGCAUCCAAGGAAUUCAUUCUGGAAAAUACCGAUCUUUCCACUGAAAAGGCAGAGAGAAUUUUCAGGUUCUUCAGGGAUCCACAGUACUUCUUAAGCCCGAAACUUAACUAAUUCUCGCAGGCAAAAUCAGAUUGUUUCUAUCGAGUCUGUCCCUGGGUGAACCACUGAACUAACUACCGAAGCCGUUGCAAUGUCUCUCCCAGCUGGCAUGGGUUGCCGAUACGUGGACCCUGGGUCCCUGGGCAAGCUGUAAAUUUUCGUGCUGCAGCAAACUUAUGACAUGGUAUAGACAAAGACCUGGAUGAAAAUGACGUUGUACUGCGUAUCCCAGUUGAUGACAGACACUAGAAUCUGUGCAUUCUAUUCUGGACUUAUGCAUGACUGUUGUUUCUGUGUAAGCAUCCAUCCAAUCAAGAACAGAAUAUAUAACACAGAAAUAGAUGGUCAAUAGAGUUGAUGAUGCACUCCAAA